GCUUUUUCUGUCUUCUGAGGCCUGCAGUGCUGAGUUGAGCCUUGCAAGGACGCAGGAUGCCACCUGGAUCAACACAAACCUUUGAUCUUGGGGAUGCAGCUCUGGAAGCGAGGCUCAGUCCUGCCUUAGGCAAGUGGGGGGGGCGUUUGCAUGUCGGAUUGAAGUGUAAGCCACGCAGGCUGUUAUGCCACUGGUGUGGAUGGAGAGAUCCAUCAUAGGGCUGGUGUGAGCCUGGAUAGCUCAGUUGGGUGGAGCCUGGUGCUGACAAUACCAAAGUCGCAGAUUCGAUCCCCACAUGGGACAGCUGCAUAUUCCUGCUUGCAGGGGGUUGGACUGGAUGACCCUUGGGGGCCCUUUCAACUAUACAAUUCUGUGAUUUCUUGGUGGUUCCUGGGGGGCCAGAAAUGGGGUGGCUCCUCCUCUCUCGCACAUAGGUCAGGUUCAAUAGCUGAGAUUCCUGCCUUGCGGGGGGAGGGGUUGGCUAGAUGACUCUCAGGGUUCCUCCCAAACCUACAAUUCUAUGAUUCUAAGCCCCCCCCCCAUUUUGAAGUUAUUGGGGAGGGGUAUUUAUAUUGUUGGCUUUGUGCAGUUGGACGGAGAUGCAUUUUUUGCCUCUCUCCCUACGCUGCCCCCCUAUCCCCAAAAUGACAGUUUACAAGCAGGUGAAAAGGAUGCGGCCUCUUUAAAUAUGCAAAUGAGCUUCCCGGGUGGGCUGGGACAGGGGGGCGAGGCUAGCCCAGAAGCCGCGUUUGCUGGCGGGCGGGGCAGCCAAUCAGGAGCCAGCCUCCUUCCCUCCUCGGAGCCCCGCCCCUUUCCUCCUCCUCCCUGCAGCGCGGGGGGGGGGCAGCCUUUUCUCCUCCCCCCACUUCUCCCCUCCCCCCUCUUUUUUGCAAAAACGAAAGAGGGGAGCGGAGCAGGUGCCGGGGAUGCCGAGGGGCGGAAACAGGUCAGUGCAUUUGCCCCCCCCCCGGCCUGGUAUUAUUAUCACCCACCUUUUGCACACCCAUGCAGGGUUUUUUUGGGGGGGGGGACCUGCAGCGUUGCAAGAAAACUGCCCAUGCAAGAAUUUCAAAGAUCGGGGGUGGAUCCGGCCACCCCCCCCCCAAGACCCCUGUUUGCAAUAUUUAAUUCGGGCGGGGGAGAUAAAGAAAAACCCUAAUUAGCUGUAUCAAGAGGCGGACGCUGUGGGUUAAUUUUUAGGGGGUUGGGGAAGCUGCUUCCAAAUUUCUUGGUUCUGAUCCAGCACACACAGCGCAAAAAAAUUAGAAUCCCACCGUGGGAGAAAAACAAUUACGGUAAUAUAUAUUUUCCAUUGCAUGUUUGCAGGGCAUUGCAUGAACUUGCCUGAUGCGUUGAUGUGGCUUGGACGAAGGUGUUGUUAUUCAUGAGAAUGGAGAAGGAAGCUUAAUAAUAAUAAUAAUAAUAAUAAUAAUAAUAUUUUGGAAGGUGCAUUUCCUGAGAAAAGUGUGUGUGUGUGCAAAUUAUAUAUAUGUGUGUGCAUGUAAAAAAAAUGUCUGUGGGUGCUGUCUAUGGCCAAGCCAUGUCUGGCUGCGUAGCUAAACGGAGACAGGUCGAGAUCCUGCAAAAAUAAGGCAGUGAUGGAGGGCCAACUGCACCUGAGAAAGGGGUGUGUGGAGGGGGCAGUUCAGGCUGGGUCAGGAUCCCAUUUGCAAAGGCCUGAAAUGCUCACGCUGCUGCUGCUGCUCUGGCUUUGGACCUGUGCCAACUCGUCCGCCUUUUUCCAUUGCACGAGACGCGCAGCAGCCGGUCAUCCUGCCCACCUUUUGGCCCUUUGCAAAUGCCAAAACUGGUGUCAGAAGGACGGAGGUGGGGAUGCUUUUUCUGCAAGCCAUCCUGCCAGGCGGCCAAGCACCAGUUGCUCCUUUCUGGGGAACAAAAUGGGGAAAAUAAUAAUAAUAAUAAUAAUAAUAAUAAUAAUAAUAAUAAUGUGGUUUCCCCAGCCACUUCUGGGCGGCUUCCUGCAAAAUACAAAAACAUCCAUAAAAUAUCAAACCUUAAAAUGAGCGCAGGUGCACCCUCGAACCUCUUUUCCUUCCCUGCUCCUUACCUGGACAGGUAAUUUUUGCAGGAACCUCUCCCAGGCCAGAUUUGCUGCAAGGAAGAAACCUUUGUCUUCCUUAUCUCUCUGCCACCUGGAUGGAAUAUAUUUCUGCAGAUAUAUAUCUUCUGUGUGUGUGAACAGGUGGCUUUUUUCGGGCAGGGGGGGGAGAGAUAGGACACCUGUCCCCCCAGGUGCUCAAUGUUUGCUAGGCCCUGUCUGCAGUGGGGGGGUCAAAGGUCUGGUCUUGCCUCUGCAGAAGCACAGGCUGGAGUAAAUAUACAUAUAUAUCUUUAAAUUGUGCCAACAUCUAUUCUUUUAUUGGUAAGGAUUUUCUUAUAUUGCUUUAUAAAGCUGUUGUAAUCGUAGGUGAAAACUGAACUGAAAACUGUAAAACUGGUGUGCAGAAUAAGUCCAAUUGCACAUCGGUUAAAACAACCGAUUCCUUUUUAUUAGCGUUAUCCAAUGUAAUAAAGGAAUGCAAAAUCAUAUAGAAAGUGUGGGGCGGGGGUCCUAGUCCUCAUAGAAAUCUCAAAUUACGCCUAAUUUUCUCUGUGAGUGACAGCGACCAAGUGCUCAGUGUAAGAUGUUGGGCUUGUUUCCCCCUGAGUUGCAAUUACUAUUUGAGCUGUUGAGAUCCAAUAUGAGACCAAUUAUUUUGACAAUUGGUAUCGUUAAAAAACAAUCUGUUAAUUCUGGGCAACAAACGAUAGUUUCUCGGAUAAGGAUGAUCAUUCCUGCAGAAAUUGAACCCCCGAAAUUUCGCACCAACUUACAUUCCCACCACAAGUGACAUAGGAUUGCAGAGUUGGAAGGGACCCCAAGGGUCAUCCAGCCCAACCCCCGGCAACGCAGAAAUCGCAGCAAAAUUGAGGGACUUUGUGGUGACGGUCACUGGAGCAUUGGGGUGGGGGCGCUUGUUUUAUGACUUUGCUUUAAACGGAUCUGUAUCCUGAGGAUCUGAUAGAACAGAUCUUGUUGUUCAUUUCCAUGGUAACGCCUCCCCUUGAGAUAGUGAAAUAAAACUGCAUAUUAAAAUACAGUUUUGGAAGAUGCCAUCAACCCAGAUUGGGAACUGGAUCAGACCCUCACUCCUAUGCGGAGGCUGAGGGGUGGGAUCAGGCCCAGGGGGAGCCCCAUCAGGUCCGCCUCACAGUGGCCAAAUACCCCACUAACCCAAGGGAUCCAGAUAGACUGCCUCUGGGCCUGGAAGUUCCAUAAUAAGAGCCAGACUGCUGGAUCAGACCCAAAGGAGACCCACUUAGCUCAGGCUCCUGUCCUCAUAGUGGCGAAAUGCCCCAUAUGACCUGGGAAUGCAUAUAGACUCCUCUGGGCCUGGAGGCUCCAUGAGGACAUAAUAAGAGGUGGACUGAUGGAUUAGACCCAAAAGGGGCCUGUCUAGCCCAGCACCCUGUUCUCACAGCGGCCGACCCCAUUGCAGGGGGUUGGACUAGAUGGCCCCUGGGUCCCUUCCAACUCUAUUACUCUAUGAAACCCGCAUGCAGGAUCCGAGCACGAGAGCCGCUCUUCCCUCCUGUGGUUUCCAGCAAAUGGCAUCAACAAACACCCUUCCUUCCUUCCUUCCUUCCUUCCUUCCUUCCGUCCUUCCUUCCGUCUUCCUUCCUUCUUCCCCUCCUUCCUUCUUCCUUCCUUCCUUCCUUCCUUCCUUCCUUCCUUCCCUCCUUCUCCCUCCCUCCCUCCCUCCCUCCUUCCUUCCUUCCUUUCUUCCUUCCUUCCUCCCUCCCUCCCUCCUUCCUUCCUUCCUUCCUUCCUUCCUUCCCUCCUUCUCCCUCCCUCCCUCCCUCCCUCCUUCCUUCCUUCCUUCCUUCCUUCCUUCCUUCCUUCCUUCCUUCUUCCUCCUUCCUUCUUCCUUCCUUCCUUCCUUCCUUCCUUCCUUCCCUCCUUCUCCCUCCCUCCCUCCUCCCUCCUUCCUUCCUUCCUUCUUCCCUCUCUCCUUCCCUUCCUUCCUUCCUUCUUCCCCUCCUUCCUUCUUCCUUCCUUCCUUCCUUCCUUCCUUCCUUCCUUCCUUCCCUCCUCCUCCCUCCCUCCCUCCCUCCCUCCUUCCUCCCUCCCUCCCUCCUUCCUUCCUUCCUUCCUUCCUUCCUUCCUUCCUUCUUCCUUCCUUCCUUCCCUCCUCCUCCCUCCCUCCCUCCCUCCCUCCCUCCCUCCCUCCUCCCUCCCUCCCUCCCUCCCUCCCUCCCUCCUCCCUCCUUCCUUCCUUCCUUCCUUCUUCCCUUCCUUCCUUCCUUCCUUCCUUCCUUCCUUCCUUCCCUCCUUCUCCCUCCCUCCUUCCUUCCUUCCUUCUUCCCUCUCUCCUUCCCUUCCUUCCUUCCUUCUUCCCCUCCUUCCUUCUUCCUUCCUUCCUUCCUUCCUUCCUUCCUUCCUUCCUCCCUCCCUGCCUCCCUCCCUCCCUCCUUCCCUCCCUCCUUCCCUUCCUUCCUUCCUUCUUCCCCUCCUUCCUUCUUCCUUCCUUCCUUCCUUCCUUCCUUCCUUCCUUCCCUCCUCCUCCCUCCCUCCCUCCUUCCUUCCUUCCUUCCUUCCUUCCUUCCUUCCUUCUUGGCUCUCCGUCCGGCUUGGACAUGCCAAUAAGGCCUGGGGCGAUUCCUUCUCCUUGCGCAAGGCAAGGUCUCUGCGACCGGCCUGGGGUCUCAUAAGAAAGAGCCUGCUGGAUCAGACCCCAAGGGGGCCCCCCUAACCCAGCCUCCUGCUCAAAUGCUGCUAAGAACCUAGGAAUCCAGAUAGACUGCCUGUGGAGCUGGAAGAUCCGUGAGAAGAGCCAGAUAGUGGGAUCAGAGCCAAAGGGGGCGCAGCCGAGGGAGAAGAGGAUGCUGGACUGGAUAGUACCCCUUCGGCCUGAUCCCAGCAGUCGGGCUCCUGGCUUGGAGAGGGUUGGGCUAGAUGACCCUUGGGUGUCUCUUCCAGUUCUGUGCUUUGGAAGAACUUCCUGGCAGAAAAAUCUGCAGAGGUUGGGGGAGGUCAUCUGUCAGGGAUUCUUCAGCUGAAAUUCCUGCAUUGCAGCGGGUUGGACUGGAUGACCCCUAGGGUUCCCUUCCAACUCUUACCAUCCUUCAAUUCCAAAAUUAAAUUGCCGUAACCCAUGCAACCCUCCCCCCCCCCCCCCGUUGCAGGAUGUGCAUUUAUUUACUUUUUAAAAUUUAAUCUCUGGACGCCCUCCGGGGAGAUCCCUUUCCCGCUUAUCGGAGGGUCUGGCGGCUGAUAUUUGUCACCGUUGCAAAAAAGGCAAUUAACAAGAAGCCGUUAAAACACACAAAUUAGCUGCGUUUGCAAGGGAGGUUGUGGAGCGUGGCUGCAGAUCGGAACCACAAGGAUUUUCAACACUCCCUUAUCUCCACUUCUGUUUCUCUGCUUUCGGUGUUGCAGAAAUACAGAAGCAAAACUGGAACUGGGUUCGAAUCACCUGCUCUCCGCUCUCCCUUUAUUUGCUUGUCUUCCCCACCCCAAGGUGCUUUCGCGAGAUCCUUUGUGUGCAGGAACUGAGAAUAUGAGCCUUCGGAGAGGGCAGACUUCCCUCCGACAAAGGGUGAGUGGCAAGGCGGUUUUCUCUGCAAAAUGCACACUCCUGGGCUGACUUUGCAGGAGGUUGACAGUACUGGGGGGGGGGGUGAGUGGUUAGAGCAGGAUGCCUGGGUCCUCUCUCUUUUAGCACGAGAGGAGGGGUGGCACGUGGUCUGGUUUGCCAAUGUCAGCUGUUUAAAAUCUAGGGUGGGUCCUGGGUUCAGGUUCCAGCACCCAGGUUCAAACCUCAGUUUGCUAAAGGGCAGCAACAAACGCGGCCAUUUUCUCUUGCAAUUCUUCCGUUUCCUGCGCUUUCUUUUCUGUUUCCAUCCGGCGCUGGAGGGUGAAACUGCCUGUGCAGGAUGUCUGCAUUUCAGGGAGGGAAGUUGUGCUCUCUCCGAAUGGGGGUAAGGAAGGCCAGGCGCCUGGGCUCCCGAGACAGCCACCCGCCUGUCGCAGUUCGGGAGUCAGAUCUGGGAGAGACCAGGGUUCGAAUCCCCGCUGCUCGCCCCGCUGGGCCUGCCUUGCAGGGCUGUUGUAGGGCCCAAUGAGGAGAGGGAGGAGGAGACCCCCCCCCCCGAGAAACGCCAUCAAUAGAUCAGUUAAGGAAAGGGCUUUUCAUAGGGCUGUGGCAUUUUUAAUAUCUGGAUUUUUAAAAAAUUGUGGGGUUUUUUUAGUAUUGUUUUAAUUCUCUCACAUUUCAUUUUAUUUUCCUAUGCUCCUUUUCAUUUGCAUGGAUCACAAACUGCAAACAAUAACGGAACAGAACAUUACUUUUAAAUGGUGAUCUUUCAUGUUUUUUUUGCAUCUUAUUUAUAUUUAAUUUAAUUUGUCAUAAGCCGCCCUGAGAACCAGCCUGGGGAAAAGGGCAGAAUAGAAAUUAAUAUAAUGUAAUGUAAUAUAGAAUCAAAGAGUUGGAAGGGUCCCCAAGGGUCAUCUAGCCCAACCCACCUCAGCAUGCAGAGAAUGUGGAGCAACAUCCCCCCCCACCUGCCCCCUGGUUGGGGAACUUCCGCCCAGCUUGCACGAGAGAUAUUCACACGCUCCCUGAUAAAAGAGGAUUGGGUGGUGCUGAUAAUGCCAAGGUUGCAGGUUCGACCCCCGUCAGGGACAGCUGCCUAUUCCUGCAUUGCAGGGGGUUGGGCUGGAUGACCCUCAGGGUCCCUUCCAACUCUACGAUUUGAUAGGACAAAUCCAUGGAGCCAGAGAAGGCUGUUGCUGGCUGUUAGCCACAGUAGCUCUGUUGUGCUUCCACCGUUUCUUCCUUGCUGGAAACCGCAGGAAGGGAGAGUUGCUCUUGCGUUCGAAUCCUGCUUGGCCUUUGCGGCACCUGGCUGGCCACAGUGAGGACAGGGUGGUGGGCUACGUGGCCUGAUUCAGCAGCCUCGCUCCUUGUGGGGCCUCUGGGCCCAGAGGCAGUCUAUCUGGACCCCCAGGUUCCUUGGGGUAUUUGGCUGCUGUGAGGUCCGGACGCUGAUCUUGAAGGGUCUGAUACAUCCUCCAGGCUCUCCUUAGCUUCUUGUGGAGCCUCCAGGCCCAGACCUCGCUGAGGACUAGGGGCUUGUCUCUGGCGCUCAAGGCGAGGCAGAGGCAGCUGCCGGUGGGGUUGUCGUGCCCUGAGCCUUCCUCGUACGUCUUACUCCCGAUUCCAGCCUUCGUCAGCCUGAGGUUGCUUUGGACCAUGACUCCCACCAUCCCCAGUUUGUCCCAGUGCUCUCUGUGUGUGUCAUUGUUCCUGGUUACUUCCAAUCUCUUUUGCAUUCUAGGUUUCCAAAAGCUGAGACGAAGGAGGCUUCCAUCCCGGGCUGGCAGCAUGUCUUAUUUCGCUGAGCAUUUCUGGGUAAGAAAAUCUCCCUGAUGUGCAUGGAAAACUCAUUUUGCCAACUCUCUCCUGAUCUGUUUACACUGGUGCCUUUUCCCCAGGCGGUUUCUCUUUCCGUCUCUAUCUGCAAUUAAUGACGCCUUCCCAGGAUAAAUGUGUUGUGCAAAUAAGUCAUAUUUUUUAUUUGCAAACCGGGGCAACCAAAGGGAGGCGAACGAGCUGGUCGUAGGAACAGCAGCAGCAGCAGUAGCGGAAUAGCGAGCUGCAAAAAUGAAGAAAAUGAGCAACGUGCGUCUGAGUCACGGCUUAGAGCAGAGGGAGGAACCCUGAAGGUUUUUUGUGUCCAGGGAGGUUGAGGCACACUUCUGCGUCUGGGGAUAUUUUCUUGGGGGAAAUGUCAUAUACAACCCCUGGAUGUGGGGGGUGUUUGGGGAGGGGUGGCACUUGUGGGGGGACGCCGCAUCCUUCUGGGGAGCCUCUCCUUACGUUUCUUGGGAUUCUUAAAUGGAGCCUCCAUGGACAGAGUCAGUUUACCUUAGAUGGGCAAAUGAGAAUGGGAGGAGGAGACAGCUCUGACAUUCUGUUUGCCACUGAGAGAAAGCAGCCACGGCACAGAGACCGGCCCCAUUGCCAUCCAAUGGCAUUUAGAUGCAAUAAUAAUAAUAAUAAUAAUAAUAAUAAUAAUAAUAAAUUAUUAUUUAUACCCUGCCCAUCUGGCUGAGUUUCCCCAGCCACUCUGGGCGGCUCCCAAAUCGAGUAUUAAAAAUAAUACAGCAUUAAAUAUUAAAAACUUCCCUAAACAGGGCUGCCUUCAGAUGUCUUUUAAAAAUAGGAUAGCUGCUUAUUUCCUUGACAUCUGAUGGGAAGGCGUUCCACAGGGCGGGCACCACCACCGAGAAGGCCCUCUGCCUGGUUCCCUGUAACUUGGCUUCUCGCAAUGAGGGAACCGCCAGAAGGCCCUCGGAGCUGGAUCUCAGUGUCCGGGCUGAACAAUGGGGGUGGAGGCGCUCCUUCAGGUAUACUGGGCCGAGGCCGAUUAGGGCUUUAAAGGUCAACACCAUCACUUUGAAUUGUGCUCAGAAACGUACUGGGAGCCAAUGCAGGUCUCUCAGGACCGGUGUUAUAUGGUCCCGGCGGCCACUCCCAGUCACCAGUCUAGCUGCCGCAUUCUGGAUUAAUUGCACUUUCUGGGUCACCUUCAAAGGUGGCCCCACAUAGAGCGCAUUGCAGUAGUCCAAGCGGGAGAUAAGUAGAGCAUGCACCACUCUGGCGAGACAGUCCGCGGGCAGGUAGGGUCCCACCUGCAUACCAGAUGGAGCUGGUAGACAGCUGCCCUGGACACAGAUUUGACCUGUGUCUCCAUGGACAGCUGUGAGUCCAAAAUGACUCCCAGGCUGCGCACCUGGUCCUUCAGGGGCACAGUUACCCCAUUCAGGACCAGGGAAUCCUCCACACCUGCCCGCCUCCUGUCCCCCAAAAACAGUACUUCUGUCUUGUCAGGAUUCAACCUCAAUCUGUUAGCCGCCAUCGAACCUCCAACCGCCUCCAGACACACCAGACCUUCACCGCCUUCACUGGUUCUGAUUUGAAAGAGAGGUAGAGCUGGGUAUCAUCUGCAUAUUGAUGGACACCCAACCCAAACCCCCUAAUGAUCUCUCCCAGCGGCUUCAUAUAGAUAUUAAAAAGCAUGGGGAAGAGGAUGGAACCCUGAGGCACCCCACAAGUGAGGGCCCACCACCACUUUCUGGACACGGCCCAGGAGGAAGGAACGGAACCACCGUAUAACAGUGCCCCCAGCUCCCAGCCCCUCUAGACGGUCCAGAAGGAUGUUAUGGUUGAUGGUGUCAAAGGCCGCUGAGAGAUCCAGCAGAACUAGGAAACAGCUCUCACCUUUGUCCCUAGCCCACCGGAGAUCAUCAACCAGCGCGACCAAGGCAGUUUCAGUCCCAUGGUGAGGCCUGAAUCCCGAUUGGAAGGGAUCCAAAUGGUUCGCAUCCUCCAGGCGUGCCUGGAGUUGUUCGGCAGCCACCCGCUCAAUAACCUUGACCAAGAAUGGAAGAUUUGAGACUGGGCGAUAGUUGGCCAUAUUGGCCAGGUCUAAAGAUGUUUUCUUAAGAAGCGGUUUAAUGAUCGCCUCUUUCAGCGGGUCUGGGAAGGCUCCCUCACAGAGGAAAGCAUUCACCACCCCGCAGAGCCCAUCGCCCAGCCCUUCCUGCUCACUUUUAUUAGCCAGGAUGGGCAAGGAUCAAGGAGACAGGUGGUCGGUUUCACUUGUCCAAGCAGCCUGUCCAGAUCCUUGGAGGUAACAGAUUGGAAUUGAUCCCAUGUAACAUGACUAGACAGGACUCUAGCACUCUCCCGCCCUGCCCUGCUCCCACGGUGGAGUCUACCUCCUUCCGAAUCUGAGCGACUUUAUCUGCAAAAAACUUUGCAAAAGCAUUGCAGGAGAUCUUGGGGUCCCUACCAGGCCCCGGUGGUGCAGGUGGUUCUGGUAGAUUGUGAACCACCUGAAAGAGUCUCCUGCUGCUGUUUUCUGCAGAUGCAAUAAGGCAAUGAAGAAGGUCCUCUUCGCCGUCACCAUUAUCACUUGGUAGGCUCGACGUUGAGCUCUAGCCCUUGUCCGGCCUGAUUCAGAAUGCGUUUUCCGCCACUGGCGCUCUAGCCGUCUCAAUGAUUGUUUCAUCGUCUUCAGCUCCGGGGAAAACCUCGGGGCUGUCCGGGCUCCAUGCAGUCGGAGAGGGCGCUUCGGAGCCAGGCAGUCAAAAGCCCUGGUUAAUUCCGCAUUCCUAUGGGCCACCAGGCCAUCAACAUGGGAUAAAACAUCCCCUACCACUCUCUGGAAGCCAGUUGGAUCCAUUAAGUGGCGGGGGCGGAUCAUCCGAAUAGGUCCCACCUCCCUGCAGAGGGGAAGGGUUGCGGAGAAGUCCAGUUGCACCAGGAAGUGAUCUGACCAUGGCUAAACAUUUGUCCCACCCCAAACAGAAAUAAAAUAAAAUAAUAAUAUAAUAUUUAAAAACAACAACAACAACCAUUCGAGGUGCAGCAGAUUAAGAACACUUAAAGCACUUGAAACCACUUUUGCCAUUUUUGCUGCUCAGAGUAUGUGUGCCUGUAGGCCCCUCUCCUUGGGCCUGAUGGGGGAGUGGUCUUCCCAAAGACUCACCGGAGCAGCAAGAGGAGCAGUGCAGGAUGACCCAGGGUCUGGAAACCAAGCCAGAUGAGGAACGGUUGAAGGAGCUGGGGAUGUUUAGCCUGGAAAAGGGGAGACUGAGAGCCAUUUUCAGAUAUCUGAAGGGCUGCCACAUGGAAGAGGGAGAAAGCUUGUUUUCUCCUGCUCUGGAGGGUAGGAUUGGAACCCAUGGCUUCAACUUACAAGAAAGGAGAUUUUGAUUAAGAAUCAGGAAAAGAAAGGAGGUUCUUUUAUUUGUUUAAUUUUAUUUAAUUCAUGUUAUAUCCUGCUCUUCAUCCUAAGAUCUCAGGGCAGUUCAUAAAAUACAGGGUAAAAGUAAGUCAAACAAAACAGCUUCUGUUCCUCUCGAAAGCUCCCCUGUGCCUGUCCCCUGUCGGCAGCAGGAUACUGGGCUGGGGUGCUCUGUUUGCUGCUUAGCGGGAUCUGCGUCCUGCGUGAAGCCACCUGCCGACUCAAAAGCUCCGGGUUUGAGUUCAGGCGUGUUGCGGGUCAAAGGCCCUCCAAGCAACGUGAGCAAAACAAAACAACAGCUCCUCUCUGUGACUCCCGGGACACCCAGUGCCAGCCACAAGUAAACAGAGCGGGCGUCAGGGUGGUGCCACCCGGGGGGGGGGGAGGGUGGCAGGCGCCAUUGUCUGCGGAUGCAGCUGGGAGAUUCCAAAACAGCCGGAGGAACAGGCAGCAAAUCUCUCCUUCUGCCCCCCCUUUUCUCCUCCCCAGCGAGCCCCGGGGGGCAGAAGUGGCCCUCUCUCCCUCCUCCCUCCUCAGAAGAUGGCAGGGGGUUGGGCUGGAUGAUCCCUGGGGUCCUUUCCAGCCCCACAAGGUGGGUCAGGCUGAGGGGGGCAGGGCCAGCCCCCCUCCCCCAGCAAGCCAAACCCUGGCUUCUCCCAGGUCCUGUGGAGCCCCACAAUGACCCUGCGGGGUCAGAGAGGCUGGGAGAGGCUUUGCAGCCGGGCAGGGGUUAUUUGAACCCUGGCCUUUCCCAGGUGAUAGUCCGGCACUCUAACCACUACACAACACUGCCUCUCUUAGUUUGAACAAAACGAAAGCAAGGCUCGGAUUAUCUAAGCUGCUGGGCUCAGCAACGUCUGUGCAAAACCACUGAGUCGCACCCCUCCCCUUAAGAAGGAAAGCCAAGGUGCCUGAAUAAAAGGGCGGAUUUCAAAUAGGAAGGCCAGUAGUGACUACACUGACCGGCAGCAGCUCUGCAGUCCUUUGUUCAGAUUCAUGAGGACUGUAAACUUUCCCUGUUUCAACAGUCUCUUCUCCGCCCUGGAGACUCCCUCUGUUUUUCAAGGGGCUGGAUGGCAGCUCAGCUGCUUUGAAGGUCCCAGGUUCGAUCCCCAACAGCAUCUCCACUGUGGGUCAUAGAAUGAUAUAGCUGGGGGGACCCCAAGGGUCAUCUAGUCCAACCCCCUGGUAUCUCAACUAAAUCAGCCAUGACUGAUGCUGACAACCUGCUGCUGCUGGUCAAGGUCCGCAUUGCUGUGCUGAACGGACCCAGAGGUCUGGCUGGGUCCGAGGCAGCUUCUGAUUCUUCUCUUUAAGCCACGUGUUUGUUCAGAAUGAUGAGGACCAGGAUCUUGCUUUAUUUUUAAAGGGGAAAGGCUGCUGGGGCUGUCCUCCUGAGUCUAAACCGCUCAGGGCAGACAACACCGCGUUGCGAUGGAGCAGUGGACCUGCUCGCAUCCUGGGAAGGCUUCCAACCUGCCUUCUCUCUUUCUGUGCCCUCCGGAACUCCUUGCCACAGGGCGUGGCCUUGCAACCACCUUGCAGGGCUCAGAAAGGCAUGGACGGAUGCAGAAAAAGAAUGCACAGGACCUGUUUUGUCACUCAGCCAUCAACGCCAAAGCCGCCUCUGCAGGGAGGCAGGUUGCCUAGCGACCGCGGACACACACACCUUGCCAUCUCCCCAGGAGGAAUGCCAAGGAGGGAGAUUUGCUCUGCGGGGGGCGGGGGGGAGGGGUUGUGAUUGACAAGGGAUGGGGGGGAGCGGAAGCCCACCCCCAGAGACCCAGGCUCCACGCACAGAGCGGGGGGGGGGGGAGAGAAGGCUGGUUGGGAAGCUGAGCAUUAAAAGGAGAGGGAGGGUAGAUUUGGGGGAGCUCUCUCUCUCUCCAUAUACUAUAUCAUAGAGUCAUAGAGCUGUGGGGGACCCUGAGGGUCAUCCAGUCCAGCCCCCUGCCAUGCAGAUAUCUCAGCUCUGCACACAUUCCAGCUGGUCAACAUCCUUGACCUGGACGUUAUGCUUCUGCGGAUGCAGCCCAGAAUAUGCACCACCCUGAGCUCUUCCAGUGAAGGAUGGCGCACAGAUUUAAGAAGUGACAUGAGCUUUUUUUGGCUGCUGCUGCUGCUCCCUCACAAGCCAACUCGAAACUGGGCUCAACCCCCUCUCGCCACGUGGCUUCAGGAUAAAAAGGGCCCUAUCCUGUUUCAAAAUGCGCAUGCAGACGUCGCUGGAUGGCAACGGGGCAGCUGUCCGUGCAGAGGCUUCUUACCCAAGAAAGGACAAAGACUGCUUGUUGGCAUUACCUGUGCGGCAGGUGCAGGGAUGUGUCCCUCUGGUGUGGCUGCGCCAAUGGGAGUUGGAAAAUACAGAGCAUUUAUUAAUUAUGUUUCUGCGCUGCCCUUUGCUGGGUGGUAUGCUACAAAAAUGCAUUGCAGAAUAACAAGCAAAACAGUAAGUUUGCAAUGCACAGUUUUAAAAGCCACAGAUUUAAUCCGCCUGGUUUCAGCGUGAGAAACUCAGAUAUAUAAGCCCGGUGCCAAAUCGCUCCUCCAGCCAACGUUACAAGUUGCCAUUGGGGGGAGACAGCUCCAAAGUCGUAUUUUGGGUCCCUGAAAUGUUGGUUCCUGGCAGGGCAGCCCCCGUUAUUCUGGAGCCACGCCUCAUUUUUGCCUUCUUGCUUUUCACCGCAGGGCGAGAAGAACCAUGGCUUUGACGUCCUCUAUCACAACAUGAAGCAUGGGCAGAUCUCGGCGAAGGAGCUGGCGGACUUUGUGCGGGAGAGGUACUGACGGCUGGGGGGCGGGGCAGAGCUCCAUCCAGUUCCUCCUUGCGGCCCCCCCCCCCCGCGCAGUCUGCAAACCCACUUAUCAAAGCACCAAUUUCCUACUGCCAGUUUGCUCACAGAGCCCUGGUUUGCAAAUCUCCCUGACGCUACAAUUGGGGGUCAACUUUGCAAGAGCUGAGCUGCCGGCCUGAAGGAGAUCUCUUUGCAAGACCUCUUCUCCAUAACUCGCCCAUAGCUUGCCUGAGGUUUUUUGUUUCCUUUUGGCAAAGAUGUUUCAUUUCAUAAGAUUUUUUAUUAUUGUGAUUGGAUUUUGCAGCCAAACUCCCUAAGUCUGUUAUUGGCUGGAGAAGAGUGGAUGGAGGCAGGGAUCCAGUCAAAGCAAGGCAGAUCUUUAUUUUUCUGCUGCAACAGAGAUCCCCGCCCUCCUUGCAUGGAGGCACAGUGCCCUGGGAUCUUUUGAUAAAGGGCGGUAUAUAAGUUGAAUAAAUAAUAAUGAAAUAAUUUCAUUUUGUGAUGUAUACAAAACAGAUGUUAUAACAGCUGGGAAAUAAAAUGUGAAGAACAGAAUUGUAGAAUGGGCACAUAGAUAAGAGCCUGAGCAUAGGAGGGAGGGGCUCAUAAAAUCGUAGUGUUGGAAAGUUCCCCUGAGGGUCAUCUAGUCCAACCCUCUGCAGUGCAGGAAUCUCAACUAAAGCACCCGGGACAGAUUAACGCUCCCAGCAUCAGCACCCCAGCAGAUCUCGCUUCUCUGUUUGUCAAAGCUUUGGAUCCAGCACAGAGCAAGCAAAUCAUGGAAUCCUAGAAUUGUAGAGUUGGAAGGGACCACGAGGGUCAUCUAGUCCAACCCCCCGAAAUGCAGGGAUUUUUUGCCCAAUAUGGGGCUCGAACCCAUGACCCUAAGAUUUAGAGUAGUCAUGCUGAGCUGCCCCAGUUGCACAGGGCUUAAAAUAAGCCCAAGAAAAGAAUAUUAGUGUUCUUGGAUUAUCAAGCCUAGUUGCGGAUUUAUAAAAGUUUCCUUUGCUUCAACAGAAGCAAAGAAACCUUUGCAAAAUUCAUGCCAGGUGCUUGUUCAUUCCCAUGUGAUUUCUUUUAAGGGGGAGAAAUAUUGCAAAGCAAGGAAAAUCUCAGGUGUUGCUCUUUUUUUAACCGACCAGCACCCCAAAUCUGUGUUUGGGAAGCCUCUGUUCCUAAUCCGGCAUGGAUGGGGUUUCUAAAUCUGCAAAAGUGUGUUUGCAGGAGGAAGGAAAUGGCUUUGCGUCUCCUCCAGUAGCCACUGGGGGGCAGAGCUGCACUUCUCUUGAUCCCAGGUCCCAGCUGGACAGGUGAAUCACCCAAAUCAGUGGCCAGGUAUGUUUAUAAGUGGGUAGCUUCUAAGUGCAGAAUCCGGCCUGGGCCCUGUUUCUCUCUCCUUUUAAGCAGCAUCAAGCAUCUUCCUUCAAUUGCAUGCCAAAAAACCCCACCAGGUUCUUCAUUUUUUGCUCUCCAGUGCUAUGUCAGGUAAUCCCACCCAUUCUCCGUUUUCCUGGAGGAGUGAAAUUAUAAGAACUCGAUCCUGUUCCUUUUUUGGGAGGCGGUCAAGAUGAAAAUAGCCAUAAAUGGUCAAGGGAUGGUUGGAGCAAUUCUUCCAGGAGGGACUUUUUGGUUCAGAGAAAAAGCAAGGAAGAGGUAGAAGUUUAUAAAGGUUGAGAGAGAGAGAGAGAGAGAGAGAGAGAGAGAGAGAGAGAUGUUUUUUUACAGAUUAGUAUAAAGAAGAAAAAAGAAAAGGAGAAAACACAAUAUAUCAGCAAUAGUGAAAUGUCAUUAAAAUAGAAAUGGGAUUACUAAAAUAUAUAAUAGAUAGAUAGAUAGAUAGAUAGAUAGAUAGACAGAUAGACUUAUUGUAUCCCUUGUGUAUAUGUUUCGAGAAAUACUUUCCAAAUAUCACUAAAUUUGUCCAUAGAAAACCUGGAAGUGAUCCACUCCUAGGUUGCGAGAGUUGAUCAGAGCCCUGCAUUGCAUGGAGAAAGUGGAGAGAGGAAAGGAUUUUUUCCUCUGUAGGAAUACCUAAACUGGCAGACGCCCCACAAAUGUUGGAAUAUUCAGGGCAGAUAAUUCAUGCAGCAUGCAGUUAUUAACUGUGGAACUCCCUGCCACAGGAGCCAACAUAGGUGGCUUUAAAAGAGGGUUCCUUGUGAUCCACGAGGGCUUUUCAGACAUGCUUGGGCUCUUCAAGAUCCUGCUCCAGAACCCUCCUUAUUCCUCCUCUUCCUCUUCCUCUUCCCUCUUCUGCUCCCUUCUUCUCCGCAGGGCGGCUGUAGAGGAGACAUAUGCCAAGUCUAUGGCCAAGAUGUCCAAGAUGGCCGGAAACAGCACUCAGCUGGGGUGAGCCCUAGAGAAGAGAACCGCAGAGUCGGGAGGGACCCCCAGGGAUGAGUACCGGCACUCCCCCCCAAAAAAGCACUAACCACAACAACGUUUUAUUAUUUGUACCCCGCCCAUCUGACCGGGGAGGGGGUAUUGUUUUACUGUUUUGCUUCUAAUUAUUUUCUUGUUUCUGCCCUGUAUUUUAUUCUGUGAACCGCCCCUGAGAUCUGAGGAUGAAGAGCAAUACAUAAAUCUAAUUUUUACUGUGUUUUUAAUAUUUUGUUGGGAGCUGCCCAGAGUGGCUGAGGCAGCCCAGUCAGAUGGGCAGCAUAUGAAUUUAAUUAAUUAAUUAAUUGCCCCAGCCAUUCUGGGCAGCUUCCAACAAAAUAUAAAAACAGUAAAACAUAUUAUUAUUAUUAUUAUUAUUAUUAUUAUUAUUAUUAUUGAUUUGCAGUAUUUUAUAGCUCCUCACAGAAUGUUUUCCGUUCCUGGAGCAGGGGAACAGAGCAAUACAAAAUAUGCAAGGGGCAGAAACGGCUAAAAAUUGUGGCAAGGGGGCCGGUGACCUGCAGGGCGGUUUCUUCUCAAGGCAAGUGAAGCAGAUGCGGAUUAACAUUUCCGGUUGGGCUCCUUUCCCUCCCCUGCGCCCCCCACCCCCAAAACCCACCCAGGACUUUUGCCCCCCUCUGGGAGGUCUUCCGCAUCUCGUCGGACAAGCUGGCGCUGUGCCACGCGGAGCUGGUGAAGAAGCUGCAGGAUUUGAUCAAGGAGAUCGGGCGCUAUGGGGACGAGCAGCUGCGGGCGCACAAGAAGGUAGCGGGGGCCGCGUUGGGGGGAUGUGGGGGCCGGCUAACGUCUCGUGGAUAAACCUGCCUGACCAGUUCAGCACAAUACUGACCCCCACCCCACCCCUGCAAACCCACCAAAGUAUUCUCUGUCUACCCCCCCCCCCCCGGCCAUCCCAUUGCCAGUCCAAGGACGAGGUGGCCGGGACCCUGGAAGCGGUCCAGAUCCUGCAAGGAGCCGCUCAGCACCUCCCCAAAGCCAAGGAGACGUACAGCAGCCGCUGCCAAGAGCUGGAUCGCUUGCGGAGAGAAGGGGGCAGCCAGAAGGAGAUCGACAAGGUGACCCUGGGGGGCAACAAGGGGGGGGAGAUUGUGUGUGAACAGGGGAGGGGGCCUGCACACCCAGGUCGUCGUCAGCGGUGAGAGAUAUUUGGCUCAGCUCUCUGGGUGGCUGAAGCGGAGACGUUUGAGUGAUCUUGCGAAAGGGGAUCCGUAUGGGUGUGGAGAAGGGGGGAAAUAUGGCAUUCCUUCCUUGCGCUCAGUUCCCAGGGCAGAUUGCAGUGUUAAAAUACCAUGUUGAAAUCAGGCAGGUAGCUGUGUUGGUCUGACGCAGUUGAAAUAAAUAAAAAAAUAACAAAAGUUUUCCAGUAGCACCUUAGAGACCAACUACGUUUGUUCUGGGUAUAACCAGGGGUCAGCAAACUUUUUCAGCAGGGGGCCGGUUCACUGUCCCUCAGACCUUGUGGGGGGCCAGACUAUUUUUUGGGGGGGCGGAAAUGAACGAAUUCCUACACCCCACAAAUAACCUAGAGAUGCAUUUUAAAUAAAAGCACACAUUCUACUCAUGCAAAAACACACUGAUUCCCGGACCGUCCACGGGCCGGACUGAGAAGGCGAUUGGGCCUGAUCUGGCCCCCGGACCUUAGUUUGCCUACCCAUGGUAUAAGCUUUUGUGUGCAUGCACACUUCUUCAGAUACACACUUUAACUGAUAUAUUACAAUCAGUUGAAGCAAUUUACAGCCCGGAGGCUGAGUCUUCGCUUCAUCCCUCUCUCUCUGUGUUGGUCGAUGCCUUUCUGCCAGUCUAGCUAUAGUCUGUCUUACUAAUAAAUCAUGUUUAUCCAAUUACCUCUCUUCCUGAUUAAUCACCUAUGUAUUCUACUAAUCAUCUAUCAUUCAUCUAAUUAAUCAUCUUUUUUACUAAUUAUCAUUGAUCUUAUUAAUCACCUGUCUAUUAUCUACUUUACUGAUUAGCUAUCAUCUCUUUUUCUUCAUCAUCUCUUGAACUACUAAUUAUCUGUCUAUCUGGGCUUUUAGGGGAGGGGGGUGCCUCUGGUGGGGGCCAAGUCCUGCUCCUCCUGGGGUGGUUGGCCCAGCUUCCACCUGCGGCUCCUAGAAGCUGCGUGGCCACAAUCCCGUAAAGGUAAAGUUAAAGGGACCCCUAACCAUUAGGUCCAGUCGUGGCCGACUCUGGGGUUGCAGCGCUCAUCUCGCUUUACUGGCUGAGGGAGCCACCGUACAGCUUCCGGGUCAUGUGGCCAGCAGGACUAAGCCACUUCUGGCGAAGCAGAGCAGCGCACGGAAAUGCCGUUUACCUUCCCACCGGAGCAGUACCUAUUUAUCUACUUGCACUUGGAUGUGCUUUCGAACUGCUAGGUGGGCAGGAGCAGGGACCGAGCAACGGGAGCUCACCCCGUCACGGGGAUUUGAACCGCCGACCUUCUGAUCGGCAAGUCCUAGGCUCUGUGGUUUAACCCACAGCGCCACCCACGUCCCACAAUCCCAUAUAGAAAACACUAAAAAACCACCCCAAAAUACAGUUAGCAGUUGCACAGCACAGACCAUUCCAACUGCACCAGCAUUUCCAUGGGGUCCGCAGGUGGGAGAGGGGAGUUUGGGAACGGCUGAUCUCUCUUGCUGACGGCUGGGGCGAAAAGCUCAGUCUCCUGUGUGUGAAGAAGGUCCCUGAUGUCCCUCUGUGGGGAGGGAAUCCCCCAGUUUGGGGUACAAAUGUGGGUUAUUCUUUUUUUGCAACGGGGUAGGGAAGAGAAGGAAGGUGCUCCCACGAAAGCGCUUGCCGGGCCUGAGGAUGUUACAGUCCUAGAACCAUAGAAUCAUCAUCAUCAGUUGGAAGGGACCCAGGGGUCAUCUACUCCAACCCCCUGCCGUGCAGGAAUCUCAGCUAUUUAAUUAGAAGUGCAGAGAUAAUCCUGAAAGAAUGCCGCAUCCCCCCCCCCCCAUUCCACUAGCCAAUUCAGAUUUUUUAGAGCAAAUGGUUUUUUGAGGUUUUUAUUUUGACUCUCCUGGUCUGCCCCACAGAGAACCUUAAGGUCCAUGAAUAAUCCUAGGUUAGAGGUCCUGGGCCCUAAGGAAGUCAGACUAUCCUCCACCAGGGCCAGGGCCUUCUCAGUGAUGGCUCCAACCUGGUGGAAUGCUCUGUCCCAUGAGACCAGGGCCCUGCAGGAUUUAACCUCUUUCCGCAGGGCCUGUAAGUCAGAGGUAUUCCGCCUGGCCUUUAAUUUGAACUUAGCCUGAUCUUUUAUUUCCCUUCCCUUCCCUCCCCCUCCCCUUUUAUGAAGAUUACCCGCUCUGAGACCCCACAGCUAAUUCUCCCCUGGUCUCCUCACUGGCCCAAAUAGGACUAAUUUAGCCAGCUAGCCCUGGCUAAAUAAACACCUAAGGUUUAUUUGAUGGAUUUUCCCCCUAAACUGAUUUUUGAAUUCUGAAUUUAUUGUUAUUCACGUUUUAUACUGUAUUUUAUGCUGUUUUUUGUUGCAUCAAUUAAGUGUUUUAAAUUUGUUGUUAGCCACCCUGAGCCUGGUUUUCUGAACCGGGAAGGGCGGGGUAUAAAUAGAAAUUUAUUAUUAUUUAUUAUUUUGGGGAUAAGGGGAUGUUCCAUUUUUAAUAAUAAUAAUAAUAAUAAUGGUCUCCGCAGGCCGAGCUGAAGUCACGGAAGGCGGUGGAGGCGCUGCGGAGGGCUGUGGAGAAGUACAACGCAGCACGUAAUGACUUUCAGCAGAAGAUGCUGGACUCCGCUGUGGUACGGGGGGCUGGGUGGGUGACCGUGGAGGGCGGAGGGUACCCCAGGGUCCUCCCAGUGUGGCCAGGAGGGCGAAAUGGGCCCUGGCGAUCUGCUCCAAGAUUGGCCCCCUCCUGGGCUCCCCGGGUGCGAAUCCUUGCAGCGGGUCGCUCCUCCCCUCUCUGCACCCAGAGUCCUUGCAGGAUGGGAGCAGCCCCCUUGCCGCAGCCCCCUGGCUUUGGGAUGCGAGGGGGGGAGAGAUCUUUGGAAAGGGGUUGGAAAUGCGUCAUUGAUGCCGUCGCAUGGAUCCUGGGUGCAGCCGCGAUUGGAGGGCCGUGUGUGUGGUUCUGGUCGCCUUGGCUCAAAAAGGAUAUUGCAGAGUUGGAAAAGGGUUCAGGAAAUCACCUCCAAAUGCGCAGGGACUUUUUGGUUUACAUAAAAGACAUUGAUGAAAUCAUGCAUGUAAUGAACAGAGGGGAAAAAGCUUGUCCCCCAUUCUCUCAUAUUAUGGGAAAAAACAGAAAUUCUUUCUGUGAAUUUCUAUUCCCUGGAAGGCAGUCCCGGCACGGAAGGCUCCUCCUCUCUUGCAAGCACGUAGGGUCCACUGUGAAAACUGGUGUGCGUCCAACAAAGCUGAGUGUUGGAAGAUUUGGGAAAGGGUGAAAGGAAGGGCUGUUAAACUGUGGAACUCCCUCCCACAGGAGGCAGGGAUGGCCAACUUGGAUGCUCUUGUGCUCGAAUCCUGCUUGUGGGCUUCACAUUGGGGGAUCUGGCCCUUGGGAGAACAGAAGGCUGGACUAGAUGGUCCAGUUCUUAUGUGGGUCCCUCCAUGUCUGAGGUAUCAGAAGGCGUCAGGGCCAGGCCCUGCUGUGGCCUCGCAAAAUCCCCACACGUUCCUUGUCUCUGCGUCCCCUGCAUGGUUUCGGGGGCCCUUUCCUGAGCCUUUCUCAUAGAAUGGUAGAGUUGGAAGGGACCCCUGAGGGUCAUCUAGCCCCCCCCCCUCAAUCCCCCAUUGCUGCUUUGCCUCCUCUCUGCCCUCCCCCUCCCAGCGCCUGCAGGAGGUGGAGGAAUCGCACCUGGAGCAGAUGAAGGUCCUGAUUGGCUCCUACGUCCACUCGGUGGAAGAUACCCACGUCCAGAUCGGGCAGGUGAGAGGCUGUUGCGUUCCCAAAGCAAGGAAGGAUUGGACUCUGAUUAAUAAAAUACACACAGGGCUUGAUCAGCAAGACUCUGGAAGUGUCAACUGUCCACCCCUUGGCCCAGGUUGUUUUAUUUAUUUAUUUUUAAAGAUAUUUAUUGAAAUUUUCAAAAUGUUACAAAAAAGAAAAAAUAAUAUAGAAGCAGAAGAAAGUACCAAAUAAAAAUAAUUGACAAAGUAGAAAAAGAAAAAAACAAACCCCUUCCCACCAUAUGAAUAAAAAUUCAAAAUAAGAAAAAGUGACAGAAAAAAAAGAAAAAUACAAAAAUACAUCACAAACCGUUAAAAACAUUUAAAAACAAAUUCAUUAUUUUCAGAUCCUUAACUGUCAUUGCCUUCUUUCUUAGACCUCCAACUCCUCCCUUUCUUUGUAUCCUAGUUAUUAAUUAUCCCAGCAAAUCCUUUCCAUGUUUCAUAAUAUUCUGUCAUUGCAUUACCCUAAACUGUUUUAAUCUUAUCUUUCUAUAAUAAAAUAAACCUUAAAGCUUAAAACUUAAAUCUUAUCCUUACCAACUUCUCAUAACCAUAAUAUUCUUUCAUAAUUCUUUAAACAUCUUUGCUAAAGCCAAGUAAUUUCAUUCCAACAUUUUUCUAACAUUCAUCAAUUUUAUAAAACAGUUCUAAUGGUAGAGAAAAGAGAUACAAAUAGAUCCAAUCUUCAUCCAACGUCCCUUCCUCCUGGUUCCGGGUUUUGUCAGUCCUUAUUCCCGUCGAUCUAGCCCAUUAACCUGGCAACCUUAUAUCCGAGGCCCUCAAGUCUCUUCCAUGUCCCUUCUGCGGCUCUUCUUCAUAUUUGUAACUGUAUUUUCCCUUAUCUCCUGCUCGUGGUAACUCCAGCUUGACAAUGUUUUUAACCCUUCUCGACAGAUCAGCCCCUUUUCCAUGUUCAACACUGAAUUCCAUGUAGUAUUUAAAAGCAUGUUUCAAAGACCCUCCAAAAUUAAGAGCCCCCACAGUCCCAAAUAUCUCACGGCCCAUUGUCAUAUUUGAAAAGUCCAAACAUCCCAGCAUAGGGGGGUCAAUCCAGCCCCCCAUUUCCAAGCCAAACCAAACUUUUCCUUUCCAAAUCUGGCUUUUUCCAAGUUCAUUUGUCAAAUCCGAAAAAUCAUAUUCCUGUUGGGCCUGUUCUGUCAAGACACACUCCUGAUUUAAUUCCUGAGUGGGCUCCACAUAUUUUCCCACUGUCUGUUCAAAAUUUCCCACGUGGGAACAAAGUUAGAUCAGAAGAAAUCCUGUUAACUACAAAGAAACUAUUUCUUACUUCAGCAUGCAUACGUAGUUCAGAGUAAAUAAAAUAGGAAUCAAGGAGGAAUGCUUUUAGCAAACCCCGGAGGUCAUAAACAAGCAGUAAACAGGAGAGGAAGGAUGGCAAGGAAAGGUGGGCAUCUUGAUCAUCUCCUUGUGAACUCUCCUCCUGGCCCUUAGAUUAACAAAACCAAGGAAAGGUACAUCAGAGAAGCUACCUCCUAUCUUUAUGGCCCAGGUGCCUGGUGAACAGCUGGCCUGUGUUUAGAAUGCUGAUACGUGCCUGUCAGGCAGAGAGAAAGAAAAUGGACAGUAGAGAAAAUGGGCAGAGAUGCAGAGGCUUGUGGGAUUUGAUCAGGAAUUAUUGUCCAUGACCCAAGCACAGUCAACGCCAUGCUUUCAUUGCAGACAUUGCUCCAUAUGUUCCUAAUUCCUCAUGGUAAUCCCACCUGACCCCCACAAGAGGCCGGUCGGCCAGCAAGGGCAACUGGGCUGGGCGCCCCCAGAGGACCCCCGGGUGCUGUGGGGGGUCCGUGGGGGGUCCGUCCUGGCCUCAACCUUGUCUCCUCUCCCCCCUCCCCAACCGCAGGUCCAUGAAGAAUUCAAGCAGAACAUGGAGAACAUCGGAGUGGAGACCCUCCUGCGGAACUUUGCCGAGAGCAAAGGGACCGGGCGGCAUCCGCCGGGUGGGUUGAACUUCUGAGAGAAUAAUAGCAUUGUGGAGUUGGAAGGGUCCCCCAAAUGUCAUCUAGUCCAGCCCCCAGAAACGUAGGUGCCGCAGCUCAGGAAUCCGCAGCAGAUGGAUUCGCCCGGAUCCUGCAACCGGGAACCGUGAAAUGAGGACAUUUCUCCAGCUUGGCUUGCCUUAACCCAAACGCCUUUAGCCUUUUGCCUCCCCUUUAUUGCCCUCUUUCCUCUCCCCGUAGGACCGCUGGAUUUUGAGGAGCUGAGCAUCAUUCCUGCGCAGGAAGGCAAGUACGUCUGAGCGUGGGGUGGCAGCACCCCAGAUCCAGCCAGGUUGGAAAAGGGGUGCGUGGGACCACCUGGAGGAACCGCCAGAUUUUUUGGCGUGUGAAAACGUCCAGAGACCCUUUUAUAAAGGAAUUCAGAAAGCUUGUGGCAUUUAUUAUGAUUGUGAUUUUUUAAGUGUGCAAGCUUUUGUGUUCCACAGCACUCUUCAUCAAGGAGGGGCUUCCUUUUUUCUUGCAGGACCCAAGCGAACCCGCAGCAAAGCCUUCCGCAUCCCUGGCCUGAGCCGCAAAGAACGGGAGCGGGACUCUGUGUGAGUUUCUCCUCUUUCUCCCCGACCACAGAGACCGAUCUCACUCCCCAAGUCUGCGCAUGCUCUUCAAUCUCUCUCUCUCUCCCUCUCUCCUUUUGCCCAGGGAAUCUCCAGAUGCCGAGUCAGGGGUGAGUAAUAUUUAUCAUUAGCCAACAGGACCCACAGGAAAGUGUCGCCGUCUUCUCCUAAUGCCCCAGCCUGAGGGCCAUUCCAGGAGCCGGCCGGCCGGCCAGUCCCUCCCCAUAGCUACUCCAUUCCGUUUCCUGCUUUUUUCUUUUCUUUUUAAGCUGCCACUGAAUGUUCCAUCGCUCCUGAGAAUUGAUUGAUGGAUUGACUGAGUUCAUUUCUAUGCUGCUUUCCCGCAAUGAGCUGUGUCCAAAGCAUAUUGAAAUACAGAGCACAGCAUUUCUGAAAUUUAAUUUUAUAUAUAAAAUACAGAGCUUGCCAGUAAAUUCAAAAACGACAAAAAUCAACAAUUUGGCAAAUUGGCACAGGAUAAAUUGAAUAGUGCAAUACCAUUCCUUACUGCCCUGUGCUAUUUUGCUAUAAUUAAUCAUUAUUAUUGCUGUCAUUUAUUUGGAUUCUUUACCCAUCAUUUUAAAAUACAAAAUUCACUGUUUCGUUCUUUGGUGUUAAGCCUUUGGGCACCUGUGGAAGGUGAUUAAUAAGUAACAAGUAAAUUUAUCUGUCUUAUCUCUCUUUUAGUCACCUUUGGCCAUUUUGAGAAGGGCGACUAAGAAAUUUAAUGAAAACUUACAAUUAUUAUUUGAUUUCUAACCUUAAUUCUAUGUUGUUGUUGUUUUGUGGAGACUGUAUUAAUUUUGAUUUAAUAAAAAGAGAAAUAUAUAUUGGGUUCCUUACCCAAAUUUCACCAUAAUUCCCAGGGCAGAUUGCAGCAUUUAUUAAAAUCAGUUUAAACAGUUUACUAGGUAGGUCCUAAAAACUGCUACUGUGCUUAAAGAGUAACUGCUGUUUAUUUAAAAGGAUUUUGAAAAGAGCCUUUUUUAUAUAAAAAAAUGCAAUUAGGGUACAAAUUGAGGAAACCUAGCUGGAUUGGCAGGGUAGGAAUAAUAAUAAUAAUAAUAGUUGUUAAACAAUGGUUCUUUCUCGUUCUUCUAUUUUUAUAUUGCUUUUUAUGACCUUUUAAUAAACGUGUUUGGGUUUCAGCACAAUAUGUUGAAAGCCUUCAAUAGAGUUGUUUUUUUAAAAAAAAUAAAGAAAGAGCAGCCAGCUGGCUCUGGGAGUCAGAGGGUCCUGGGUUCCAGUCUUACGGAUCAGAGAAUGAUGCAUCUUUUGCAAGCAAAUAAUCCGUGAGGUUUCACAUCUUGGUCUCUCCUCCCAUAUUAUUUUUUUUUGGGGGGGUAUUUGAACCCCAAGGAAGAUGCUGCCCCAAGAGAGGCUCCCACCCCAAACUUUUGCUCCUUCUCUUCUCUCCUCAGCCCCCCGACGUGGACGAGGAAGGCUUCACUGUCCGGCCCGAAACAAAUCAGAACGAUAUCCUUUGGAACAUGUGGCUGCAGGGCCUUCUUCCUCAUAAGGGGGGAGGGUGAGAUUUGGGGGGGAGUGGGAGGGGUGUCUCAGAAAUAGGGGGAGAGGUGGGGUGUCCAGAGUCCAAUGGGGAAGACUGUUCCUCUUGUUCCAGGGAAGAGUCAAUGGGGUCAUGAAUUUACCCAGGAGCUCCGAUAAAUCGACACAAAAGCGGAAGCUGUUUUUGGAUUAUUUGCAAAAAAAUAAUAAUACCAUAACCCAAUGAAAUUGCAGGCAGGAUUUGAAAUGUGAGCAGUGGGAGGACCAUGGCAAUAUAUGAAAUGGAGGAAUAUAGCUCAUUCGCUUGAGACUCUUGAUUUCAGGGCCGUGUGUUCGAGUCCCAACUUGGGUGGAAGAUUCCUGCAUUGACCCUGGGGGGCUUCCAGCUCUCCAAUUCUGUGAUUCCCUGUAUUAGGCAAAACGUGUGAUAUUAUGCAGUACGUAAAAGGGAUGCGUGUAAGGGAAAGUGGGAAGCCAAAUUAUGAGACAUUUAUAAUAGAUCUGAAAUUUGAAAUUAAUUGGUUAAAGUUGUGAAAAUCUAAUAGAAAACUUCAGGGCCCCACGUUGGCCAAAAGAUUCCUUCAUUGCAGCGGGUUGGGCUGGAUGACUCUUGGGGUCCCUUCCAACUCUUCUGUGAUUCUGUUGCCACCCGUUUGGCCCCUUGACUCCGUCUCCCCACGUGAACACCCCACCCGCUUCUGCUCCUCCAGCGACUCGGAUUACGAUGAUGAGGAGCCCCACAAGUUCUACAUCCGCAUCAAGCCGGUGCAGCCCCGAGAGCGGACCAGCAGCGCCGCGGCCGUGGAGCAGCUCAAGGCCUCCGUGGGGAACCUCAUCCUGCCCCCCAGCAUGGGGGUGAGAGAGAGAGAAAUGGGAAGCGGCAGGCCUGGCAGAAAGACCUGGCACCCGUCUCCCCUUGAAUCCAGAUUUUAGCUUUAAUUUCUGCACCAGAAUACUGGGUGCUAUGGUUCCCAGGACACUGUGGUUCCCAGGCAGCCUAGGCGGCCGUUAUCUGUGUCGUCCAAGUGUCUCACUGGGACCGACGGGGAGAUGUGGUCCAAAGCACUGGGUGCAGGGCGCCCGGUUGACAAAGUCUGCCUGCUUGAGGGAGGGGGUCUGGGAGGGCAAAGGUUUUCUUCUAGACCAGGGCUUGGCGACGUGGUGCCCUCCAGAGCCCCAUCUGCCACAUAACGCCUCUUCCACCUUCGUUGAGGUGCCAACCUUUUUCUUGACGCCUGGAUGAAAAAACAUCUUUGUUUGGAUCUUGAUUGAUGGCUGCACAUUCUCCUGACUGAUCACUUUAUCCUUUCCCCAAAUGGCUUUGAACCUCCCUGCCUUCUCAGUGUAAAUUUUACGAAACAAAUAAAUAAGCCACCCAGGGAGGAAGGCAGCCGUAGGGGCCUGCCCCCGAUCUCGAUGGUUAUGAGCAUGGGUUGGGGGCCACAGCACCUUCCUGACCUCUCCCCUUUCUCCCCUCUUUCCGCAGUGCACAAUGAAGAGGCAUUCUUCCCGUGAGUGCUCUGUCGCAGACUCUUUGGGUGAGGUUGGGAGAGAGGGUUGCUGCUGCGGAACUCCCUGCCACUGGAUGGCUUUAGAAGAGGGUUGGACCAAAGCAUGGAAGAGGAGGGGGCCAGCGAGGGCUCCUAGCCAGGAUGGCUCUGCCUUUGCUGUCAGGGCAGCCAUGCUUCUGGAUCCCAGUUUCUGGGAACUGCAGGAGAGGAGAGUUGCUCUCGCACUCGGAUCCUGCUUAUGGGUGCUUCCUUUGGGGGCGUCUGGCUGGCGAUUCUUAGGUUCUCUUGAUUCUUUUCCAGGGCACCUGAAAGCACUUGCCUCGGCCUCAGCCGAGACGGAUUCUGACACAGCCCCUGCCCCAGGUGAGAAAAAGGGGGAGAUGGGGGGGAGACUAGGGGGGGACCCCCAAAGCCUCCAAUUCUACGGUUCUCUAAAUAUGUAUUUCCAAUUUGCUCUGCACAGGGGAUAAGUCUGGCAACUCGCAGGCACCUCUCUUUGGCACCCAUAUGACAAGGUAACUCUGGGGUCUUCGGAGAGCAGACUCCACUCUGCACUCUGAUAUCUGUGUCUGCGUGCAAACACCUGUGGAACUCCCUUCCACUUGAGGCCAGUGCUGCCCAUUUGACUCAGUUGCCCCAGCCACUUAGGGCAGCUUCCACACACAAAAAACACAAACAAACCCAUAAAUAUUUUGGUACCCCGUUCAGAUGUAGGAGGUACAAAAAACAAUUAAAGUGACUAAUUAAUUAAUUAAAUUUCUAAACCGCCCUAUACCCAUAGACCUUAGAGUGGUUCGUGACAUAAAGUCACUUAAAAGCAUGUAUUAUUAUUAUUUAUUAUUAUUACUGCUCGAUUACAGAAAGCAGUUUGCAAAAGAGAGAAAACGACAAUACCACUGCUGGAAAAUUUGCAGCCGUAACCAAAGGCAUACAGAAAGGGAAAGGGCACAACGGAAUGGACCAAAACUCCAAACUCAAACUUUCUAAGCUUGUCUAAAUGUCUUCAGCAGGCGCCAAAUAGAAUAGAGUGAAGGCGCCUGGCUGGUGUCAAGAGGCAGGGAGUUCCACAGGCUCGGUGCUGGCACACUGAAAGAUGGCCAGUUCCACCAAUUUUGUUGCCCUUGUUCAGAUCAGUUUCUCAAGUCCAGCGUUUUCUUCUUCCGCAGCUGUGACAGCAAACCUGAGCCCGACGUUCUCCCUGCCAGCGCCCUCUUUGGCCCUCCGCUGGAGUCGGCCUUCGAAAACGAGGAGUUUUCAGGUGAAAAAUGUCCCCAGCAUCCCUGCAUUGCAGGGGGUGGGCUAGAUGACUCCAAGGGUCCCUUCCGAUUCCCCCAGGUCCUCUCUGAGGCCACAUCUGCACCGCUGUGACGCCACUUGAAAGAACUGGCUUCCUCCCCUGAAGAAUCCUGGCAGCCGUGGUUUAACCCUCGCAGAGCUACGGCUCCCAGCGCCCUUAUCAAACUACGGUUCCCGGGAAGCCCAGUGGGCUUGACUUGCAUGUCACUCAGGCCACAUUCAUGCCAUGCUAUGAAAGCACCGUGGUGCCUCUUUGAACAGCUGUAGUGUCCCCCAAAGGAUCCUGGGAACUGUAGUUUGUGAAGGAGACCCCCUGCACCCUCUCCCAGAGCUACAGUUCUCAGAGGUCCCUGAGAAAAGGAAUUUACCUUUUAAUGGGGAUUGUCACUCUGGGAGAGGGUACUGCGGGGGGGGGGGAGCUCCUAGCAACUCUCAGCACCCUUAGCAAACUAUAACUCCCAGGAUUCUUUGGAGAAACCAUUUCUCUCUUCCAAAGCUUCCUGGAUGAAUGAAUCUGGGACCUUCUACAUGCAAUGCCUUUGUCUACAAAUAAAGUAAGAUUCUAGUCCUCAUAGUUUGCAUCAAAGGGACGUUUAACGGCCAACCUCUCUUCCCAGAGAACUUUGGGAAUUGCAGCUCCGUGAGCGGGAAGAGGUUUUCCCCAGCAACUCACGGUGCCAUGAACAUGCUACAGCUCCCAGGAUUCUGUUGAAAGUGGGAUCGCAGGGCUUUAAAUGUGGCCAAAGUGUAGACAAAUAGCAGACUGGGAAGUUUGGAGGGGGGAGCAGAAAGCCAUGUCUUUUAAAGGUGUGAUGUGGAUCUGUAGCGAGAUAUACAGUGGUGCCCCGCAAGACGAAUGCCUCGCAAGACGGAAAACCCGCUAGACGAAAGGGUUUUCCGUUUUGGAGGUGCUUCGCAAAACGAAUUUCCUAUGUGCUUGCUUCGCAAGACGAAAAUGUCUUGCGAGUUCCUGCGGGGGUUUUUUCCUUUCCCCCCCCUUUUUCCCAAGCCGCUAAACCGCUUAUCAGCUGAUGGCUAAGCCGCUUAUCAGCUGAUCUUUAAGCCGCUUAUCAGCUGAUCGUUAAGCCGCUUAUCAGCUGAUCUUUAAGCCGGCUAAGCCGCUAAUACUGUAGCGCUAAGCCGCUAAACCUCUAAUGGGCUUGCUUCGCAAGACGAAAAAACCCGCAAGACGAAGAGACUCGCGGAACGGAUUCUUUUCGUCUUGCGAGGCACCACUGUAGAUAGCUAGAUCUAUACUGAUAUUUAUAUUGAUAUAUCAAUACAUCUAUCUGUGUCUACCUAUAUCUAUCUAUAUUUAUUUAUCUAUCAACAUCGAUAUAGAUCUGUAGAUAUAUAAAUAUCAAUGCCUAUUGAUUUUGAUAUUGACAUCUCUAUUAUUAUUGAUACCUAUAUCGUUAUCUGUCUAUAUAGAUAUAAAUGUCUAUUUAUUGUUCUUCUCCCCCCCCCCGCAGCCCCCCGCUCUUACCUGUUGGCCUCCAGCCCCUCCCCCUUCUCCUCCUCGUCCCCCGAGAACGUGGAAGACUCCGGCCUGGACUCCCCGUCUCACCUGGCCACCGGCCCCUCCCCGGACGCCCGCCUCUGGAGCCCCCGGCCUGGCACCCCACAGAGCCCCCCCGGAAAGCGCCCCCCCAAGGACGGCCCCCGCUGCUGCCAGCCGGCCGACGACACCCCGGACCCCUGGCUCCCCCAGCCGGGCUCCCAGGAGCUCCCUGAGUGGGCCCACUCCGUCUCGGCCUGGCCCCCGGUGCCCCCCGGGCCCCCCCCGGGCCGGCACGAGUCCCCCUUCAGCGACCCCUUCCUGGAGGCCGCGGCCCCCGGGGGUCGGCGGGGCUGGUCGGCUGCGGAGUGUCCCCCGCGGGGGGGCGAGCGCGACAGCUGCCUCUCCUCGAACUCGGCCUCCUCCUCCUCCUCGUCCCCAGCACCCCCCAGCAGCGGAGACUCCACCAGCCCUUCUCCUUGGGCGCCACGGGGCAGAGACCUGGAGGGCGCCCCCUCAGACGUGCCGUCGGACCCCGGUGAGUUGCCAUUUCCUCUUGCCAGGAUCCAUGCCGCAGGUCAGGUCCCUUGGGUGCGAGACGCGUCUUUUUCUGCAGUGGAGAAUGAAAUCCUAGAUGCCUUCGUAUCCAUAAGAACCAUAUAUUUAUUAGUGUCUAUUGCACUCUCGUUUUCUUUUCCCCCGUCAUUUUGGAUCACUGCAUAAGAAAUCAGUUAAAAGAAGGUGUGGAAUGAAAGGUCUGGGUUGACAGGUCCGGGUUUUCUGUCAAUCCAUCCAUCAAUCAACUGGCCGAUUUAUUACAGGCAACAGAAAUAAGAAGUUGGCCAGAGUCUCGGAACAAAGGGGGAUUUUUUAUUAUUAUUAAUAAAAAUAAUUUGGAAACCGCUUUUGGACUUUGUGGGAAAAGGUAAUGAAUGAUUUUGGAUUGAGAAGAAAUGUUGUUUGACAGCGGAGAAGAUGGAUGUUGCUCUGGACUGAAUGCCUUAAAUAACCUUUUUUUAUGUAACCGCCGGAAGGAAAAUCAGAUGCCCCUUUUCUCUUUCUGUCUUGCUUCUUCCCAUUUUCCUCCCCCCCCCCUUUUCUUCACUCUCUUCCUGCUUUUUCUUCUCUUUUUGAAGCUGUUUUUGUCUAUUUAUUUUUUUAAAAGUUAGUUUUCCACAUCUCACAGUAUUAUUGUAAUAUUAUUAUUGUCAUUUAUUUGAUUUAUUGGAUUCAAUUUAUAUGCUGCCUUUUAUCAGGAGUUUACAACAUUAAAAACACAUUCCAGAACGUCAGUGAUAAAAACAUGAUUUUUAUGGAAAACAUUAAGAGCAAAGGAGAUUGUGCAGGACAAUCUGGUUUCCCAGCAGAUGGGCAUCUCUCUGGGAUUCUGGAGCUGGGCUGGAUGAGCUUUGGGGGUCCCUUACAGUUCCACAGUUCUAUAGUCUUGGAUUCCCUGGGUCUCACAGGUGCUUCUGUUCCUCUCAAGGGCGCGGCUGCUCUCUUGGCAAACGCCCAGAGCUGGAGAUCCUCUCGCUUCCUCCUGAUGUAGCUUUUGCCCCGGGGUGAUCACGUAGGUGCCAUUGAUCCCCUUUGACAACGUGAUUUCCUGGCUGAUCCCUCCAGGGCGUCUUCUCCCUUGAAGGCCUUAAUAAAUCUCAUUUCCGAAAGCUCCAAAUCUUGCACAGCUCUUUCAACCUCGUUGUGGUUAACGAUUAACAAUUGGCCUCUGCAUUUUCUUUUUUGCGGUCUGAGCUUUGCUUAAUGGCCCAAUAAACGAUGGCUGGGCAAACUGAUUCUGGAUGGAUGGAUGAAUGAAUGGAUGGAUGGAGAGACAGGAUUUAGAGCACUGGAGAGAGCUGGGUGCGAAUCCCCCCACAUGGCCACAAAGCUCUCUCUCUCUUGCUCUCUCUCUCUUUUAAAUACUUAUUUACAUUGCUUAUCCCAAUCCUUGAUUAUUCCAACCAGCCCCCUAUUCUCUCUCCCUUUGGCUUGCAGCUUCUCUCCCUCCGUCCGCUGCACCUGGAUUGACCCCCAUGGUGGCCCCUCCUCGGCGAUGCCGCGCAAAACGGCCCUCGGCAGUCUCAACCGGCAGCGACACGGUGAGCCCCACACACCCUAGACCCGCCUGUGCACACAGAGUUGUGUUUCCUCGUACGAUUUGGGGGAUGUGCUGUUGUGCAGAGAUGCCCCCCAAUUUAGCAAACUGCGGGUUGGUUAAUUUGGGGAGGUUUGGGGUAGAAGUCUUGUUCCGUCACGAUCCAAGCCUUCUCAGAGUUGAGUUGAGCCCUUAUUUUUCCAUUCUGCUUUUGGCUCCCAGAGGCUGAGAAACAUUAACUAAGGGUAGCCUACUUAGGGUAUGAUAAAAUAAAGUCUGCAAAGGAUUUCUGAAUCAUGUCGCAAGGAGAAGCUUGUAAAGUGUACGGAUGAGAUAUAAGAAUUUGCUGCAAAGAAGAAUGGCUUUUGAAAAUGCUGGAGUAUGUGGAACUGGCAAGACCGACAGAAAAUAUUAGAAAGUAUUUAAAGAACAACUAAAGCGAGAUAAAAACAUGAGCAGCACUUGAACUAUGAGCAACAGCGAUAAUAUAUUAAGAUAAAUAGGAUAGAUUGCACAUAUUGAAGAGCACAGGGGAUUUAAGGGUAAAUAUGGAAACCAUGGAAGAAGGGGAUAGGAAGUCAAUGGAUCAAGUAAUUUACAGUUUAUGUUAAAAUACGUUCAGAUUUUUUUGUGUGAGUAUGUGAAAAAUUAAUAAAUAAGAUUUAGAAAAGAGAACAUUGCAAAUGCAACAGAAGCCCUAUAGAACUGUGAACAGGUUGUUGGUGAAACGAUUGUGAGUCGUCAGAAGUGGUGUUAUUAAUCAGAACAAUAAGCAUGGUCAUCAUUGAAUAAUUCACACGCCUCCCAUCUCUCUCACUGUGCCCCCAGCCUCGCUCGCUCAGCCCCUCGCGGCUCUGGGCCUUGUCGACCCCGCAGAGCUCGGCUGGGAUGACGGAGCGCGCCUUCUUCAUGGCCACGCAGCCGGGACUCGGUAGGUGCCCCGCGGAGGGGGCGGAGGGGUUAGGGGGCGGGUGGGCGCACGGCUUUCUUUUGUGGAGGCCUCGCCUCAUUGCUCAACGAGUCGCGGAGCGUUUCUGGGGGGAGGAGGAGGAACGGGAAAUGCUUCGGGGGGCCCCCACUUCUUCAAAAUGCCUUAAUUUUUUUACAGCAGAGAAAACGAGAAUGACUUAAGGGGUGACUGACGCAAAGGGGGCCCCCCGCUUUCACCUUCAGUUAAGCCAAAGUGGGUGCUGGCGCCCCUCUGGGUGGGUGGGAUUCCCUAGGGGUGCUGGGGGGCAGCAGGUGCCAAUGGCGGUCUGACUUCGGAAAGCUGAUAUCCUCAGAUCCAGUUCCUUUGUUUCGUUGAAUCAAACGAAAUAGUUUUAACUGGGUUUUGAACAAAAUGUGCAAUUAAUUGCCCCACCCAAGCCAGUUGCUGGAGAAGGAGACUCUGGGUUAAUCUCUGGGUUGUGGGUUCGAGCCUCAGGUUGGGGGGAAAGAUUCCUGCCUUGCAGAGGGUUGAACUAGACAACCCUCCAGCUCUACAAUUCUAGGAUUCCUACCUUGCUGGGGGUCGGGCUAGAUGACUCCUGGUUCCCCUCCAGUGCUACCAUUCCACAAUUCUAUGCUCCUCCGAGCCAAAUACCCCUGAUCUUCUUGGGACUCGCUUCCCACUCCCUGGCUGUUACUUUCAUGUCACGUUUCCCCCGUGAUCACUUGACUUUCUCUCUCUCUGGCAGGCGUCUCGCGGGGCCCGUCUCCCGUUGUCCUGGGUUCGCAGGGCGCGCUCCCCGUGGCAACGGCCUUCACGGAAUACAUCCACGCCUAUUUCAAAGGCCGCAGCCCAGACAGGUAAUAAACGGAGGACGGAGGGCAGUGUGUGUUUGUGGGGGUGUUUUUUGGGGGGACCCCUCACCUCAUUGCCAUUUUCACACCAGAUCUGAAUGUCUUGGCCCUGCUUCUCGAUGCCGUCACUCUCUUAAGCAUCAAAAUUUGGGACCACCUCCAAACCGAUGCCAAAGUUUCGGGCUUCUUUUGUACUGCAAGUCCCAUAUUUUUUUGCCCCCCCCCAACUGAAUACAGUCAUACCUCGGGUUACAGAUGCUUCAGGUUGUGUGUUUUCGGGUUAUGGACAUGCCGAAACCCAGAAGUACCAGAACGGGUUACUUGCAGGUUUCGGCGCUCGUGCAUGUGCAGAAACACUAAAUCACGCUUUGCACAUGCACAGAAGUGCCGAAUUGCAACUCGUGCGUGCGCAGAUGCGGCACUGCGGGUUGCGGACGCUGCAGGUUGCAAACAUGCCGCCCGCACGGAUCACGUUCACAACCCGAGCGUCCUCUGUAAUAGACGCACAAAACUGGUGUUCGUACUCAACACCCCAAACCCUGGCACUUUCCAACUCACUCCAAACUGGUGUGAAACUGCACAGAACGAGUAUGAAAGUUUGACACUGGUUUAGAGGCGAUCUCAAAAGUUCUGGGUUUGCGUUUGAAGAAGCUGGUGGCCACUGAGGCGACUGAGGGGUGCAAAAACAGCUUUGAAGGGGCCAGGGCCGCUCAGUUCCCCAACCCCAUGUGACGUCUUGCGGAGUCGUCCCGGUUCCUGCCAGAUCCUGUGCAGUCGCCCCUUGGCUCCCAGAACCAAUCCUGGCCUUGAUGCCCAAGGCAGGUGGAGAGCUUGCUCCCUCUGCUCAGGACAGGUCAGCUGGGGUACCUGAUGCGAAACAAGGCUUUUAAGGUCUCUGUCCUACUUUGCACUCGGGCUCUGGGAAUAUGGGUGGUCUCUCUCUCCCACAGCCACAGUUUCAGAUCUAUACACUUUUCCUGUUUUGUGGAACAACAACAAUUUUAUUAUUUUCAUGCCGCCCAUCCGACUGGGUUGCCGCAGCCGCUCUGGGCAGCUCCCCCCAAAAAAAUUAAAAUGCAAUGAAACAUUAACCAGCUGCACUGAACUUCCAUUUGCCUCUGCCCGGAUCUCUCUGCUCAGUUGGUUGAGCAUGAGGCUCUGACUCUCAGGGUCGUGGGUUCAAGCCCCCUGCCUUGCAGGGGGUGGGGCUGGAUGACCCUCAGGGGUCCCUUCCAACUCUAUGACUUGCAAGCAGAUGCGGCAAUGUGGGGCAGUGGGCUCUCCCGCUGGCGCUCUUUCGCAGAAGCAAGUGGCAGUCCUUCCUGGGGCGUGAAGGGGCUCCUGGGAGGGGACGGAGAGUGCCUGGAUUUGGGGGAGCAAAUAGGGCCAGGGGCUGAUAAUGGCAGGCUCUCUCUCGCCUCUCCUGCAGCUGCCUGGUCAAGGUCACGGGGGAGCUGACCAUGUCCUUCCCGGCGGGGAUCCUGCGCGUCUUCAGCAGCGCCCCUGCGCCCCCCGUCCUCAGCUUCCGCCUGCGCCACACGGCCGCCAUCGACCAGUUCCUGCCCAACACCGAACUCCUCUUCAGGUACCACGGGGGGGGGGGCAUAGGGUGCCCCUGUGGGAGAAACUGGAAAAGCCGGGCGGGGUUCUGCUCCCUUCCGCUCAGAGGGUCGGAUCCAGCUGCCCUGUUCUGCUUUCUCCCCGGGGCUCCCCCAAACCCACUGCGAGGGACUAUGUGGACCCCCAAGAAUUGCACGUGGUUGGGGGGAGAAUGAGACGGGAGCUCAAUCCGUGGGGCAGAGAGCCAGACCUCCAAAAGCAGGGGAGAGCCAAGUUGGCCUGUUGUUCCUACUCUGAGUAGGACUUUGUUGGAGCAGGGAGGGAGAGCAAAGAGGAGGGGGUCCUUCUCCUCUGGGAUUGUGGGGGGCACCCCACAGAACCAGACUGACCUCCCGGGUGGUGAUGGAUUUCUCUUCCGCCCCCCCCCCCAGUGACGCCUCGCAGAGUGACCCCCACAGCAAGGACUUCUGGCUCAACAUGGCCGCCCUCACUGCACACCUCCAGAAGCAGGCGGAGCAGGCGCCGGGCGCCCCGUACUACAACGUCACCCUCCUCAGAUACCAGGUGGAACAGACGGGCCCUGCGGGUGGUUGGGUUGGGGGAGGGAAGAGCUGAGGAACCUCCCCCCCCCAGUGCUUCCAGACCCCCAUCCUCUCUAAGCAGCCCAGGACCACCGGGAGUCCGGAACCAGCCGUGGCUCCUGCAUGGCCGGGGGUGGGCUGGAUGACCCCCGGGGUCCCUUUUGCUUCAACCUUUCCAAGAUUUCUCCCCCGUGGCUCCUGCAUGGCCAGGGGUGGGCUGGAUGACCCCCGGGGUCCCUUUUGCUUCAGCCUUUCCAUGAUUUCUCCCCCGUGGCUCCUGCAUGGCCGGGGGUGGGCUGGAUGACCCCCGGGGUCCCUUUUGCUUCAACCUUUCCAUGAUUUCUCCCCCGUGGCUCCUGCAUGGCCGGGGGUGGGCUGGAUGACCCCCGGGGUCCCUUUUGCUUCAGCCUUUCCAUGAUUUCUCCCCCGUGGCUCCUGCAUGGCCGGGGGUGGGCUGGAUGACCCCCGGGGUCCCUUUUGCUUCAACCUUUCCAUGAUUUCUCCCCCGUGGCUCCUGCAUGGCCGGGGGUGGGCUGGAUGACCCCCGGGGUCCCUUUUGCUUCAACCUUUCCAUGAUUUCUCCCCCGUGGCUCCUGCAUGGCCGGGGGUGGGCUGGAUGACCCCCGGGGUCCCUUUUGCUUCAACCUUUCCAUGAUUUCUCCCCCGUGGCUCCUGCAUGGCCGGGGGUGGGCUGGAUGACCCCCGGGGUCCCUUUUGCUUCAACCUUUCCAUGAUUUCUCCCCCGUGGCUCCUGCAUGGCCGGGGGUGGGCUGGAUGACCCUUCCCGAAAGAGGGAGAGGGAAAGGUUUGUCUUUCUGACUCCCCCCCCCUCUGCCCCUCGACUCCAGUACUCCAAGCAAGGCCCGCGCUGGGCCCCCUUGCAGCUCUCGGUGGACUGGGCCUGUGGGUCGGAGGCCACUCGGGUGCGCAUUGACUACAGCUACAACACGGGGGCUUUGGCCUCGGCCGCAGCCCUGGGCAACGUCCAGAUCCUCCUGCCCAUUGAAGAACCGGCUGCCAACGUCCAGCCCCAUCCGAGCGCCUCGUGGUGAGACCCGGGUCUGGUUUUGGGGUGGGGGGGUUGUCUUGGGGAGACCUCCAGCUUCACGGACAAGUUCAUGAUUACUGUUUAUUAAAUUAAUAUUCCGCCCUUGCUGCGUUUGUGGAAUAUUGAUUUAUAACGUGUGGUUUUUGUGGGCUGAUCAAGUCAAAAGGGACUCUGCUUAACAUUUGGGAAUACGUGAUAGUUAAAUAAAAGUCUAAGUCAAUGGGAAACAAAGGAGGCGAGAAAAGGGAAAAAAAUGCUAAAAUGUGUUAAUAUAUUGAAAUAGAAUUGGGAAAAGUAUUUCCUAUGUUCACUGUGGAAGUCUUAAGUAUGGAAAUGGAAUUAGGAAAUACUUUGAUGCAUUUUAACAUUUUAUCAUUAUUAUUUUUUAAUUGUUACAUUGAGCAGUGAGUAAUAAUAAUAAUAAUAAUAAAUUUGUUUAUACCCCACCCAUCCGGCUGGGUUUCCCCAGUCACUCUGGGCAGAUCCCAACAUAUUAAAAACAGAAUAAAACAUCAGACAUAAAAAGCUUCCCUAAACAGGGCUGCCUUCAGAUGUCUUCUAAAAGUCCUUGACGUCUGACGGGGGGGCGUUCCCCAGGGCGGGGGCCACCACUGAGGAAGCAUGGCAGGCCAACUUUUAAAUGCAUAUUAAAUUUUAUACUUGUGUUAAAUUAAUUAUAUUGAGGUAAAGGAGGGGAGAGAAACAUCUUCAUUUGGUCGCAACCCCCCUGCCAGGUAUUCUAGGCUGAGAGUGAGUGACUGGCCCCCAAGGCAUCAUCGCCCAAUGAGCACUGAGCAGGGAGAUUGGGACCCUGGUCCCUCGCUGGUCCUAGUCCAGCACUCUAACCACUGCGCCACCGCUGCCUCCACAAAUCUCAGCUAGAUAGGAACCAGGGGGUUGGGCUGGAUGACCCCUGGGGUCCCUUCCACCUCUACUGUUCCACGAAUGGUCUAGCUCAGCAGAAGGCAGCUUUGGCUACAUCAAUCUGUCCUGUUUCAAUCUUUUUGGGAGCCAAAUUCAGGGUGACCUCUACUCAGAGUAGACUCACCGAAACCAGAGCAAGCUCAGUGAGCCACGCCAGCUGAUUUGGGCAGGUUCUGCUCCGAGUGAGAUGCCACCUCCGGAGGAAGAAGUGGCUUAUUUUAUUUUGCAAACGACCAAAAAACAAUUUCCAGAGAAAAAAGGGAUAAAUCUGUCCUCUGGGGAGGUUGCCUAAUCUCGGCGUGGAGCCCCGGCUGGUUCUGCCACCCAGAAAGUCCCCGGGAGUCAACAGUUUCUUAACGGGGACCAGAAAUGCCUGUUGGGCGAGUCGCUCUUUUGCAAGAGGCCCCAGGGCACGACAGUCAUCAUAAUCUGCCUAAAUCUGCCCCAAAUUAACAGUGAGUCACCAGAGGCAGCCUGGGGAGCAGGGCUGAGCUUGGGUGCUGGAUCUCCGGUGACCUUGGAGAUCUCACAGGACCUGCAAUCCAGGGGUUGGGGGACCCCAAGUUUAGCGGGAGCCAAAAAGGGGGUGAAGCAGCCCACCUAGUCCAGCACCCUGUCCUCCCAGUGGCCAAAUGUCCCCAAGGACUGGGGAAUGGAGAUAGACUCCUUCUGGACCUGGAGGUUCUACAAGAGUACAAGAACCUGCUGGAUCAGGGAAAUGGAUCUUCUGGUCCAGCAUUCCGUUCUCACAACGAAAAAGGCAAAUGCAAUUCCACCAGAAGUCUCUGCCCCUGAAUCCUGGGAACUAGUUUGCUAAGGGAGCUGGGAAUCAUAGCUGCACAAGGGCUAAAAGGCUCCCCUGUUUUAAGAAGGCUUUUAACUGUUUUUCAGAUACCAAGUUGUUUUAUUGCUUUUUUUGCUUGAGCAUGAGAGACUUAAUCUCAGGGUCGUGGGUUCAAGCCAUGUUGGGCAAAAUAAUUCCUCCCUUGUUGGACUAGAGGACCCUUGGGUGACCCUUCCAAGCUUGCACUUCUAGGAUUCUGCACCCCCCAGUUCAUUGGCCCCCAAAAGCAAGCAGAUUCAUUUCCCAAAGGGGAAAGGGAGUCUUGUGGCUGGCCUCCGUCUGUCUCGAGAAGCAACGGAGUGUGCCUCCGGGGGUGAAGCCUCAGCAGCCCCCAAGUGACCUCCUUGGGGGGCAAGCCAGGGCUGUGUGUCUGGGGGUCCGGGGCUGCCCAGAUGGCAAGAGGCCCCCCUCGGCCUGGGUGACGGAGGUUUCCUGCAUUGCAAGGGGUUGGGUGGAUGACUCUUGGGGUCCCAACGCUCCUCUUUUUUUAUUCUGUGAGAGCAAGGGGUUGGGCCCAGCCUGGCUGCAGGAAUUGCUGGAAGGCGAGAUGCAAGACUGUUUGAGGGGCCCAACUCCAGCUUGGCUCCAGAGCCUUUUCUUCUCCCACAAGCCAGCGGAGGUUUAGGGUCCAAGUUUUCCUUCCUUCCCAGGUGGACAGAUCCCACAGCACAAACAGAAACCGCCUUCUUGACCGUUGGACCCCCCUCUUGGUCUUGCCCACUCCCUCCAUCAGAGCCUGUCUUUGCACGCAGGGGAAGCCCCUAACUGGCCGGGGGUCUGAGAUCCUUUGGCUCCCCUCACCUGCUUCACCUGGCCAGUCAAAGCCAUUCCCAGGGGAGUCCCUCAGGGAUAGAAAUCCUAGAAUCCAAUGGAGGGGAAAAUAUUAGCAUAUUAGAAUAUCUAACUGUGAAGAUACAUAAAAUGAAAGGGUUUAAGGUCAGGGAGGAGGAGGAGGAGGAGGAUUGGUUUGAGAAAAUAUUGAAUUAUUUGGGCAGGUUUGAACAAUUUGUGGCAAUUAAAAUGUUAAAAGUUAAAUAAACCUUGUGGAGGGAGGAGUGUUAAGGUAUAUGGAAUUGUACAUAUGGUUGAUUUGAAUAUGUUAUUAUUGAUUAUGUAUACCCAAUGUAUCAGCCGCCUGGGGGGCUUUCACUGUUUGUUUUCACUGUCUGUGUUUUGGUUGUUGGUUAUAUAUAUAUAUAUAUCCUAGAAUCAUAGAAUGGUAGAGUUGGAAGGGGCCCUGAGGGUUAUCCAGUCCAACCCGCUGCAAUGCAGGAUUGGCAGUUGUCCCUUGCGGGGAUCGAACCUGCGACCUUGGCGUCAUCAGCACCAGGCUCUCACCAACCGGGCUCUGCAGCAAAAUGUACAAAUGGCCCAACCAGCUUGUCUCUUUCUCUCCCCUCUUGCAGGAACCUGGAGGAGAAGCGAUUGCUGUGGCGGCUCCUGGACCUCCCUGGCACCCCAGGGCACCCAGGUGAGCUGGCCAAGGGGUGGCGCGGAUGCCAGGCUCCAGUCCGGCUGGUGGGCGGCUCUUCUUCCUCUUGCCCGCCCCCUGCGCAGGGAAGCAGCGGCUCUCUGGAACCUGGGGGGCCCCAUCUCCUUCGCUUGGGUCCAUCUCUUCUUCUCUUUUCUCUGCAGGAUCCGGCCGCCUCCUGGCCAGCUGGGAACCCCUGACUGGUCCCAGCAAGCCCAGCCCCGUGGCAGCCCAGUUCACCAGCGAGGGGAGCACCCUUUCCGGGGCAGAUGUGGAGCUGGUGGGCAGCGGGUACCGCAUGUCGCUGGUCAAGAAGAGGUUCGCCACAGGUAGUAGGAAUGGGGGCUGGCAGAGUCGGGAGGGGCACUAGCGGUCAUCUAGUCUGACCUGCUGCAAGGCAGGAAUCCCAAAGUUCCCCCCUUGCUCUCCUUUUCCAGGGAUUUACCUCGCUGGCUCCUGAUCAGACCCCGUCCCAGCAGUCGCCUCCGGUUUGUUCCAAAAGUGUGUCUUGCGACAGGAAGGAGAUGUUUGCGUGUUUUUAAAUUAUUUUUCACCUGGAUUUUAAAACACUGGAGUUGGGGAGAGAGAAGCAGCCACCCGGGAAUGGAGGAAUGGAGGAGGAGGCGGAUCCGUGCGCAGUUCGAGGCGGAAGGGAUUUUGCACCGAAGGGCAAGACGUUCCUCCCUUACUACAAAUCGCUCCAUAUUAUUUUUAUUGUUAUUUUGUAUUCUCCAUCUUUCAUUCCUAAGCUGCGUCACAGCCCAGAAGUCGGGAGGAGGCGCUCUCCCAUUUUCCAAGCUGCUAAGGGUGAAAAAAAAAGGGGGGGGAAUUGCUGUUGGAAAAGUUGCUCUUUUAAUAAUAAAAACCACUUGUUUUUCUAAAAAA